AUUGAAUUUUGCUCAAAACCCAAAAAUAAAAAAUAGAAAAAGGCAAGGAAUCAAUAAGCAAAAACUUUCAGUGUCUCCGGCUAGUUAUUCGGACAUUAGGAUCAAAUUAGGGCAUAAGACUGGUCGGAGAAAGAAGCCAUGGGAAGAAGAAAAGUGGAGAUCAAACGAAUUGAGAACAAAAGUAGUCGACAAGUCACUUUCUGCAAACGAAGAAAUGGUCUUAUGGAGAAAGCUCGUCAACUCUCAAUUCUCUGUGGAUCUUCCGUCGCUCUUGUCAUCGUUUCUGCCACCGGAAAACUCUAUAGCUCUUCCUCCGGCGAUAGCAUGGCUAAGAUCAUCAGUCGUUAUGAAGUACAACAUGCUGGUGAUCAUAAAGCCUUGGAUUUUGCAGAAAAAACUCGGAAUUAUCUUUCACACAAUGAGUUACUGGAAAUAGUCCAAUGGCUUGAAGAGGCUAAAAGCGAUGAUGUAAGUGUAGAUUCUCUGAUUUCCCUUGAAGAGCAGUUCAAGUCUGCCCUGUCUGUAACUAGAGCUAAGAAGACAAAACUAAUGGUGGAGCUUGUGAAGACCCUUCAAGAAAAGAUGGAGAAGAAGAACGAGUUUCUGGAAACAGAGGACGAAAGAGCAAUGUCACCGGAAAAUGGCCCCGGUAACAACCUCCCGGAGACUCUCCCGCUUCUCAAGUGACCACCAUCAUCAACGGCUGAUUUUUCACCAUCUCCUGAUUCCUGAUUCAUUAAUAAAAAUAAAAUUGUAGGAAAACCUGAUUUGUUAAAUCAUAAGGAAAGCUACUUAUCUUAAAGUUCUCUUCUCCCCUGAUACGGGUAAGUUGUAAUCUAAAGGAAAACAUUCAAUAAAUUAUAUCAAUCUUCGUUGUUAC